UGCUUCACUUCCGCUACACUCCGACACGACCAUGGAUAAUGAGUGAACGCUAGAGAAUAGGCUAGCUUCUUCUUUUUUUUUAAACAAGCUAGCAUACAUUUCUCAAAUUACCCAAUUUAUUUUUUAAAGAAAUCAAGUAAGCGUACUUUUUAAAGCUCAUAAUCCAAACGAAUAUUAAUCUGACAACACUGGCAGCGUUUAACAUGACGACCAUGAGCCAUUACAAUCUCCCUCAAAAUGGAGUCGCGGAGGGAGCGAUGCACUACGGCUUGGGAAAUUCCUCCCCGAAAGAUUCUCACAGCGGGAAUGUGGGGUUAAACGAUGCCCCAAAACGACCCAAGAGCCUGGGAGUGAAGACAACAAAAGCUAGCAACGACAUGGACGACGAGUCGUUGCCGUGUAGUCCGGAGCUGCUGUCCGACAGCGAGGACUCCGGCUGCGGGGCGGUGGAUGAGGUGCUGGAGAACGACACGAGGCAACUCAUCAGCUGUGUGCUCAGAGACUUAACCGAGCCGUCCAAGUCCUCGUGGAUGGAGAGCCCAGAACUAACAACAAUGAAAAGAGUUGUGGAAGACCUUUUGUUGAAACACAGAUACGCAUACAAUGGUAUGUUGAAAAAGUUGCCCCUGGAUGACUGUACAGACGAUGCCAGUUUUGUUAGCGCAGUAGCCAAGAGCCUAUUUGCGGACGGAACCACCAACUGGGGCCGUAUCGCGAGCCUGGUGGCCUUUGGGGCAGUGGUGAGUCGGUACCUGAAGGAGAGAGGAAGGGACAACGACGUGGAGCUGGUGGGACAGCAGAUAGCCACAUACUUGCUGUCUGACCAGCGGGACUGGCUGGUGAAAAACAAUGCCUGGGAUGGCUUUGUUAAGUUCUUUCAAGUAGCAGACCCAGAGUCCACGGUGAGGAACACGCUCAUGGCCUUUGCUGGAUUUGCUGGUAUUGGGGCGACACUGGCCUUGUUGAUCAGGUCCUCUGAUGUAAUGUGAGAGCCAGUGAUCUCCGACGCUGUACCUGGAUGGAACAUCAUCAGCCCAAAGAAAACUCUACAAACACCAAAGUCCUGUCCUGCAGCACCAUUACUUAUGACAUGUGACUGAACACUGAUUCUGUGUAUUAUCCCUUUAACAGAAUGAAGCGCUCCCCUCAACACUCUACAAUGGAUUGAAUAAGCACUUUAUCUCCUUUAGUGUCUCCUUCCUCUCUGGGUUUUAUUGUCAUGCACUUAAAUAUCACUUUUUAACUUCAAUGUUGCCUAUUCUCCGCUCCUGUGCACAUUUUAUUUACAUUAAAGGCUUAGUGAUAUCUAAUGUUGAGAUCCUACCUUUACUCAGCGACGAUUUCUUCCCAGAAUCUCUAAUUCCGUCAUUAUCAAGUAUUUUUUAUUGGAACUACUUUCUACUGAAGAAAUAGACCCGGUGGAAUUUGACCUCAGUGACUCGGUUAUUGUUUUAAGGAAAUAUUUGUUGCUGUUUAAGUUUUGGAUGUGUUAAGCUGCAGAAAUGACAUUUCACUAACCUUUGUUGUGUUGCAUUAAGGCCAUGUGGAACAAAAGAUUCUUUUAUAUUCUUAUUUAUAAAUGAGUUUUAGAAUAAAUUGCUGU